AUGUACUCCUUCAAGGCCAUCUUCCUCACCGCCCUCCUCUCCACUGUCAUCGCGACUCCCCUCAAGGAACGCACCGUUGAAGACCUCGAUGUUGAUGUCGUCCCCGUGAUCGAGACCAGGGGCGAGGCAACCUUCGGCGGCAACGUCGGCGGUGGCUUUGGCGGCGGCUUCGGUGGUGGUGCCGGCACUAGCGGUAACAUUGCUGGCAGCCGCUCAGGCAAUGGCGAUUGCGACUACGGUGACAAGAGCCGCCUGGACAGCGAGAUUCGCAACAGGCAGCAGUUGAAGGAUCGCCUCGACGAUGAGAUCCGCCGCCGCCAGUCGAUCAAGGAUAACCUCGAUGAGGAGAUUCGCAGGAAGCAGAACGGUGGAUGCAAGGGUGGAUGGUAG